ACCCGGUUCUGUUGUCUCGGGACGCUAUAAAACCGCCGCCCGUCCUCUCGAUCCCACAACGCAGACUCGUCUGAUCCACCGACACAGCAGCGCGACACGAAGACACGCGACAGCACCUGAAGAAUGGACCCGUGCGACUGCUCCAAGAGUGGAACCUGCAACUGCGGAGGAUCCUGCUCGUGCACAAACUGCUCGUGCACCACCUGCAAGAAAAGCUGCUGCCCCUGCUGCCCGACUGGCUGCACAAAAUGCGCCUCUGGCUGCGUCUGCAAAGGGAAGACGUGUGACACCAGCUGCUGUCAGUGAGGAGACUGCAGCAUCAGCCCUCUUCUGACAUGAGAUGGCGGCAGUUUGAACAACAUUAACUUGUUAAUUGGGAAUGUCUACAGAUAACUGUUUCGUACUUUUCUUCGAUGUUGAAAUAAAUAUCUUAUAACAUGGA